AUGGCAAUAGAUCAACUCAUUGAAAAUGUUUCUGCUUAUCGGAGACGACCUAUUUUUAUGCAUGCUUUUAUAGCUUUAACUGCACUUUUCUGUUAUUGGUUUGUUGAAGUUGAUUCUUUUUUAAAUUGUGUAAAAGUAAAUAAUCUUGUAAAUGAUGCACAAUUAGUUAAAGUUAAACCGACGCCAAAUAAUGGAUGGACUGAAUUUGUCCCUCUUAUUAGAACUAAGCUUCCCAAUGGCCAUUUACGUUUAUCUUUUUGUUUUCAAAAAAUUCAUUAUAAAUAUAAUGAAGAUUUGGGAGAAUUUAAAGCAAUUACAUUCAAUACAAAUUUGCCUUUUCGAAUAUUUCAAGAUUGGAAAGGAAUUGAAAAUGAGGAUAAAGUUAAGGAAAUAGAGCUUGAAUAUGGGAAUAAUAAAGUUGAAAUGGAAGUCCCCAAAUUUGCUGAAUUAUUUACUGAGAGAGCAACUGCGCCUUUUUUUAUUUUUCAAGUAUUUUGUGUUGGAUUGUGGUGUUUAGAGGAUAUGUGGUAUUAUUCUCUUUUAACUCUUUUCAUGUUGGUCACAAUUGUUAAACAACAAAUGCGUAAUAUGUCAGAAAUCAGAAAUAUGGGUUCACAGCCUUAUUUGGUUAAUGUUUAUCGUGGGAAGAGAUGGAAUAAAUUGUUUUCAGAUCAAUUAAUUUGUGGUGAUAUAAUUUCAAUUACUUCAACGAAGGCGGGGGAAGAAAAAUCAAUUCCUUGUGAUCUUUUAUUUCUUGAAAAUGUUCGUGUUUAUGCUAGAAUGUCACCUAAACAAAAAGAAAAGGCGAAUCGUUUGGAUCAAAUGAUGCGUGAAAUGGAACAAGAAGAACAAGCUAAAGUACGAUUAGGUGAUGCUUCUUAUGCCGCUCCGUUUACAUCAAAAUCAACUUCUAUUCAGUCAAUUUGCAAUAUAAUUAAACAAGGAAGAUGUACUUUGGUCACAACAAUGCAAAUGUUUAAAAUUCUUGCACUUAAUGCUCUAGUUCUUGCAUAUAGUCAAAGUGUACUUUAUUUGGAUGGAGUUAAAUUUUCUGAUACUCAGAGUGGGCAAUUUACUGAGGAUAUGAUUCCAACUGUUGGUUUCAAUAUGCGGAAAAUAACGAAAGGGAAUGUUACUAUAAAGCUUUGGGAUAUUGGAGGUCAACCACGUUUUCGGUCAAUGUGGGAACGUUAUUGCCGUGGUGUAAAUGCUAUUGUUUUUAUGUAUUGAGAGGUCAUGCAAUUUGUGAUGAAGCAAUGUUAACGGGAGAGUCUAUUCCUCAAAUGAAGGAAUCAAUUGAAGAAUUGGA